ACGGAACUGAUGAAUGUAGCAAAGGUUCCUACCAGACUGUGUUUUCAGGCGUACAGGAGUUUGAAUAACAGGAAGAGGAGCAGCAGUCACUAUGGCGGAGACGCACAGCUUGCAGGACCUGCGGCAAGCAGCCGUCGCCUCCAAGGUUUUCGUUCAGAGAGACUACACCUCUGGUACCAUCUGCAAGUUUCAGACCAAGUUCCCCACAGAUCUGGAGAGCAGGAUUGACAAGCAGCAGUUUGAAGAGACCUUGCAGACCCUGAAUAAUCUAUAUGCAGAGGCAGAGAAGCUUGGGGGCAGGUCAUAUCUGGAGGGCUGUCUGGCUUGCCUCACUGCAUACACAAUCUUCCUCUGUAUGGAGACCCACUAUGAAAAAGUAUUGAAAAAGAUCAGCAAGUACAUCCAGGAGCAGAAUGAGAAGAUCUAUGCUCCUCUUGGACUACUCCUCACGGAUCCCAUAGAGAGGGGGCUCAGAGUUGUGGAGAUCACUAUUUUUGAGGAUAGAAGUAUUGGCUCAAGAUAAAACACACCAAAGGAUCACGUGUUGAACAUGAUUAUUGACCUGCUGGACUCAGAACCUGCUUCUCCAUCUUAUGAUAUCAGACCCUAAUGCUUUAACUGUAGAUAAUUUGUUAUCUUUAUUUUCAGCUUAUUCCUCCAUUUGAUUUUUUUUUUUCAUAGAAGGAUAGAGUAAUAUAUGUGUGUAUCUUACCGAAACUCUCCAAAUCAGCUUUCCCUCUGUUAGCAGCUCUCCAAACUCUUACUAAACAGAAUUAUUUAAAAUUUGUGUAGUGCCAUGUUAUUUUAUAAUGCUGCGUUAAAUAUAUAUUUUAUAUACCUGUCUCGAUUGAGAAGUAUAGAUUAAGUGCACAAUGUUCAUUCACAAUGCCGAUACAUCGUUAUUUUGUCUGGAUCUUCGGUGAUUCUGCGCUCUUGUGGUAAAGUUUGUUUUGGAGAAAUCUGCUCAAUCUUGUGCUUGUUAAAACUGUUAAAGCUUCAGUUUUGCGUACAUGGAAAUUACAUGAAAAGAUUUGUUGUAUUGAAUGAUUUUGUUUAGUAAUAAUCAGAUGAAUUACUUGUCAUCGUUCCAUUCCAUAGUGCCCCUCUACAAAAUACUGUUUUCUUUUCCAUGCAUUUUUAACACUACUUUUUUACUAUAUUUACCAGUGGACUACUGUACUUUUAUUGGGGUCUGCGAUAUAAUCCUCAUUACACACAAAUGCCAAAAAAUCCUUAAAGCAUGGUUGCAUUUAAAAUUGCAUACCCUCCUUGUAUUUUCAACUGUUGUCAGUCAGUUGAAACUGUUUCUUGCGUAAUUCUUUUUAUCGGUGUUGUAUCAUAAUGUCUUUUUUGAAAAUCUUUUGACACUUAUUUAAGCUAUGUAUCGUACAAUAAAUAAAAGUGUUUUCAUCAAUACAUUAA